AUGCAUUCGUUUUUGUCUCGAUUAAACGCGUUGUUCACCUUCUUGUCGUCCGUUCUUGCCGCCGCCACUGCCCUGGUCUUCAUUCAGACGCUCUUCCUCAACUACACCGUUCCAAUUGAUGUGAAAGUGGAGAAUGUUAAAUUGUAAGUUGUUUAUGUUUGGUUUUUUUAUAUUUAGACGAAAAAUUACGAGUUUUGGGGCAAAAAGCUUGUCAUGGAUAAUGUCGCAGAAGACUUGUCGAUUAUGCUAAUAAUUGGCGAUAAUUUAGGAAGCCAAUUCGUGAUGUGACUGGGAAAAGCGAUAUCGCAACCGCCGGCUUCCAUUUACACGCCGAUCUCACUCCGAUUUUCAACUGGAAUGUGCGACUUGCCUACGUCUGGCUGCAAGCCGAAUAUGCGACCGAAGAAAGGGUAAAUCUUGAAUUUUUUCGGUUUCAGCGUUUAGAUUAGUAUAUUUUCUUCAUUAUCAGCAAGACUUGGACUAUCUUGCGACUACUUUCGACAUUUUUUGGGCGAUUUUUCGGCAACCCCCCUAAACUGCCUUGUAUAAUAUAAAAUUUCCGAUUUUUUAGCCGAUCAAUCAGCUGAUCAUCUGGGACACGUACCUCAAACGUUUCGAGGACACCGUGUUGAACCGAAAAAUCGCCAAACCCCCAAUCUCGAAUCAGUUCGUCGACUAUGGCAACAAUUUGCGCGGGAGAAACGUCACCUUCACCUUGCACUGGACCGUUGUGCCGAACGCGGGCUGGCUGAGAAAUGUGCUGGAUCAAGAGGGCUCAACUUCCGUCCGGCUUCCACUCGAAUACAACUGGUAG